AUGGGCUCAGAGUUCAGUGCUUGUUAGAACGCGGAACGGUGUGUAUUCAACAUUACACAAUUAAAUUGCAAUGAACAGAAAAGCAACGUAUCUUUAUUUAAAAACCUGGCUCCAAAUGCAGUCUUGAAGAAUGCCGCUUGUGUAACAAUGCUGCGUUAGGUUUGUGCAACAGAUACAGUAUUUACAUUCUGAUGGUACUGACAUUAGUACAGUAAACGCCUUAUAUUAAUAUGGAGGGGUCGAGCCCACUUGUCGCAGCCACGUCGGAUGGCGACCGGUCCAGUUCGGAGGGAGAGCUCACGGUAACGAACGGAGCUGCGGUGAGAGACGGCGAGAAACGGGAGGAUGUGACGCCGAUGGAGGCUGCAGGUGCGGUCGGGUUCAGUAUCUCGCGUCUGGACACGCUGAGCGCGCUGAGACUCAACCGGACACGACCGGCGGCGGACACCGAGCUCCGGUACCUGCACUUGUUAUGGCAGCCCGGUGAACUGCUGCAGGCGGGACGGAGCUCGCCGGGCAAAAUCACAUCGAACAGGGUGAGGCGGCUGGGAAGAGCUCGGAGGAACAUGGGGCCCAUUGGAAAAGACCUGUAUGCUGUGAAGAGGCUCAGAGAAGCUGCCAACUCCAAUGAUAUUGACACAGUUCGUAGAUUGCUGGAAGAGGAUACUGAUCCUUGUGCUGCUGAUGACAAGGGCAGAACAGCCUUACACUUCUCUUCCUGCAAUGGCAACGAGAGUAUCGUUCAGUUGUUGCUAAGUUAUGGUGCUGACCCAAACCAGAGAGACAGCCUCGGAAACACACCACUGCAUCUGGCUGCCUGCACCAACCACGUGCCUGUCAUCACAACUUUACUGCGGGGAGGUGCCCGUGUUGAUGCUCUGGACCGUGCUGGAAGGACUCCUCUUCAUCUGGCCCGUUCAAAGCUCAACAUCUUACAAGAGGGAGACUCACGUAGCAUAGAAACCCUCAGAGGAGAGGUCACACAGAUCAUUCAAAUGCUGCGGGAAUAUCUGAAUAUAAUGGGACAGAGUGAAGAGAGAGAGAAACUGGAGCACAUCUCAAACCAGCUGCAGAACACCCGCACCAGAGAACAGGUGGACGAAGUGACGGAUUUACUGGCCAGCUUCACGUCUCUCAGUAUUCAGAUUCAGAAUAUGGGAGACAGGUAGAGAUGGAUUGAAGAAAAGAAGUGAGAGGAUGAGACAACUGUGGGUUUUAUUCUGGAGAACAGGAGAAACUAUUUAUAUAUGACAUGCCUACAUAUACAACACAACUGUGUAAUAAUGGUUAUUUAAAUCCAACUUUGACUAAGAAAAAUUAUAAAUUGCCUUCAUUUUAUUUUUGUUCCUGAAACCAUUCUCAUUCCUUUCUGUUAUGCCUAUGUCACAGUUUACUGUGUAUUCAUUUUUGUAAGUGACUGAAAGACAGCCAAAUAAAUUACAUAAUGCCA